CUUGGCUUCUAAGAGAAGAGAACCGAUCAGAACAAAGAAAGAGAGAAAGGAGAGAGCAGUUCGCAGUUUCGUCACUGUGCGUAGGGGUUGAUUGUUCAGCCCAUAUCUUGAGCUUCACUCGUUAAAAUCAGGCGUGUGAGGUGUCCAGAGAAAGCUCUUAAAACAAGGAUUCUGGAAUGGUGUAGAUCGCGACGAUCGGAGUUGAGGAAGGCUUCCAAAUAUGCGUUGGAAAGUACGACUCUGCAGCAGGGUUUCUUCUUCUCUAGAGGAAGUGAACUUGCCGGGGAACACCUCUUCAAGAGGACUGUUUAGUUUCGUGGCAGGAGGGUGGAGCCAACUGCUGAGAGCCGGCUGCUGAGCCAGCUUCUAAGAGAAGGCUGCUGCCCACUCAUUUUUUUAACGCAAGGAGUUAGCUCGCAACCUUCCUUGGCCGAGCCUUGGUCGUUGGAGCGUGAAAGGAAGUCUAAAGCUCUUUAAGGUUGAGGCUAGAGCUUGCAUCCUGUGCUCGUUGAUCGAGUGAUUCCUAGGAGAGAAGACUUGAAAUGGACCGUGGUGGCAAGGUUACUAGGAGAAACCCGACUGGCCUAGCGCCAGUUGCGACCGGGCAAGGCAGUCGCGUGGCCUCUAGAGUGUCUAGAGGAGCUGGCCGUGGAGGUCGAUCACAGACCGUGAGCGACGGUCAUGUUGACACCGAGAGUGAUACCUACUGGUCCCACGAGGACUCUACCUACCAAUCGGAGACUGAGCCAGUUGAGACCCCUUUUGAAGGGGAUGAUGACGACUUGAGUGAGGAAGAGGACAAUGGUGAAUCCUUGAGAAGGAUUGAGGCGUUGCUACGUGAGUAUCAACGUGAACAAGAGCUAAGGAGAGAACGCCGAAGGCGCCGAGCAGGGCGGGCUUCGGGAGGGGCUUCAAGGGGGAGAAGCCAUGGCGACUCUAGGGCCCACGUCGAGCCACGUGGCGGCCGAGGCAACGAGAUUCCUAUCAUAAGAAUCUCAAAGUACAUCAAGGAGGCAAGGGACUUGGGGUGCAAACCAUUCGAUGGGAUGGGGGACAUCUCCAUUGCCGCGGAAUGGGUCAAGAGGUUGAACGAAGCAUCCCUUGACAUGCAACUCACUCCCGAGUUUAAGCUAAGGGUCGCGGUGAGGUUGCUGGAGGGGAUGGCGUCCACAUGGUGGGAUGGAGUCAAGGGGAAGUACGGCGAGGCCGUCACUUGGGAGAACUUCCGGCAGGAAUUCUUCGCCAAAUACUACUCCGACUAUGAGGUGAACUUGAAGAGGGGGGAGUACACUAAACUGACCCAAGGAGGCAAGUACACUGUGCGACAACUCGAACACAAGUUCCGAGAACUUGCUGCGUUCAUACCCGAGUAUGUUGUGGAUGAGAACCGAAUGGUCAGCCACUUUUGGGAUGCCUUGGACUUGGAAGUACGUGAUAGGGCAACACAAUUGCCUAACAUGACUUUCAGUCAAGUGGUUGAGCAAGGCUUGAAAGGUGAGAAACAAUGGGAAGAAAGGAAGCUGAGGAACGCCGAGGAGGAGGAGAAAAGAAAGUGGGAAAGCCACGGACCGCAAAGUUCUAACAAGAAAGGGAACCAUGGAGGAGGGGGAUCGUUUCGGGCACCCCCAUUGUCGUCCAGGGGUGGUCCAGGCCCAAACAGGUAUGACUCGGGGUCACAAGCCCCGGGGACACCCCGUUGUAAAAAUUGCAAUAGGAGCCACUUGGGAAAAUGCCACGACCCUCCUAGAUGCUUUCAAUGCGGGAACACCGGGCAUAUGAAGAUGAAUUGCCCACAACUGAGUGGGGCAAGGGCAUCGGGGUUGAGUAGUAGGACUACGGGGACCAGGAGCCAAGCAGGGGCUUCCCAAGCAACCAGGGGACAAGGGGGGAGCAAGCGCGAGCAACGCGCCAUCCGUGAACCAAGGAAGGACUCAAGCUAGGGUCUAUGCGAUGACGGAGGCGGAUGCUCAAGCUAACCCGGACUCCG